ACUAGAGGGCGCUGUGAUUCCUGUCUGUUCUUUCGACCUCCUGUAGGUCAAAAACGCAUGCGUGUGAUCCUGAACUUCAUGAGUUCAGCUUGUGUUGUAUAUUUGUGAGUAGCAGCUGGUGUGUUAAUGUGACAGCCGUGAGCAGCAGCAGCAGGAGAGGAGGAUGUGCCCCGCGCAGGACAGCAGUAAAGGAGGCGCGCAACAGCCGGCCAGCAGCUCAGCGGACUCAGGCUACAGGAAUCCCGGGCUCCGGGGCGUCAGAACCACCUCACUGUUCCGCGCGGUCAACCCGGAGCUCUUCAUCAAACCUAAUAAGCCGGUCAUGGUGGUUGGUCUGCUGAGCCUCACGCUGUGCGUCGGGUACCUGGGAUAUCUGCACGCCAUCAAAGAGAACGACCAGCAGCUCUAUGAGGCCGUUGACAGUGAGGGAGAGAAAUACAUGAGGAGGAAGAGCUCCAAAUGGGACUGACUGACAAAACCACACAAGACUUCAUUGGCGUCUUCGCUGCACUUCACUUUAUGGUGUUUAAGUGACUCAGCAAUCAUUUCUGUAUGUUUUCACUGAUUAACAUGAUGUGGUCGCGUCAGUGGAAGUGUUGCUCUCUUUCUCUGGUUCAUGCAGCAUGUCAUUACACACAUCACGUCAUUCAUUUUGUCCCAACCAACACUUAAUUACUACCAAUAUGUACUGGUUUGGGUAGGUUGAAUCAUAUGGCUGGGUUAAUAUGCAACAAUAUGACUUAUUUUGGGAAACUAAAAGUUAAUUACAUUCACCUGAUAAAUAGGAAACCUUGAAACAUGAUUUUUGAAUGUGCACAUAUGUUGAAAAUUGGAGUAAAAAUCUGAAAUAAUCAGAUUGAUGUUUUAUAGCCAAUGACAAGAUUUUUUGGAAAUCUUUGCAAAUAAAUGUAAUGCAUAUUUUUAAGUUGAGAACAAUGGUUGUUCGUUUGUUAAAUCAUAUUUCAAAGUGUUUUAAUUUUUAUUAAAACACUUAAUUAAUUUUGACUUUUUUUUUUUUUUUUUUACUUUACAACCCAAUUAAAUGUCAGGUGGUACAACCAAAUAUUUGUAAAUAUAUAAUUAUAUUCCAAAUCUUAUUUCUAAGUGAAAUCUUAGCAAAGUAAGCCUUAGAGUGUCUACAGUGCUAAAUAUAUAUUUUAUAUAUACUUUUUUUGUUUGGGGUUAAUCAGUUAAUCUGUUAUCCUCUCUAUCUAUCUAGUUGUGUAUUUUCUUUCUAUUAGUUUAUAAUUAUGGCAUUCUAAUGGCUGGGUCACACAAGCAUACAAAAUGCAUUUAAUACAGUAACUAACUAUUCACAAUCUAUUUUUAACUUAGACCUGUUAUUUGUUUACAUAAAUGAAAAAUGUACAUGGUUGCAUUUUUUCUGCUUUCUUUUUUGCUACAAGCAUCAAACACAGCCGUGACCUUUGACCUGAUCUAUAGUUUGUUGCUACAUCUUUUUGAACUGAUCAGACCACACACAGGACAAGGUUUGUUUAUCAGUAGAUUGUUGUAAUAUCUGCAUCUGUGCAGUUCUUUGUCAUAAAAGGAGCAAUCAGUUCCCCAUCUUCUGUAGUUUUCGCUGUGUUCACCCCUCAUCACACCACAGCUGACUUUAUAAAACUAUCAUGUGUCCAUUUUCAUUUGAAAAUUUAACAUCUAAUAUAAUGCGUAUUCCAGUGCAUGUGCAAUAAGGUUUGCAUACUUAAGUAAAUAGGGUUGUAUCGGUCCGAUCCUUGCCAUGUAGAACAUUCAAGCAUUUACACAAUUUAAACACAAGAUAACAUGAAAGAACUCGGUUGACUCCGAGAGCCACGUCACGUCUUUGACAAUGCUCGUGGCCUGUGGAAGAAAAAUUCAUUUUACUUAUGUGCUGUAAGGAUAACAUGAGAGAAGGGUAUCGGGGCCCUGAAUAUAAAGAUUUGAAUCUUGGGAGUAUGACAUAGCAGAAUGUAUUUAUCUGACUCUUACUAUGUGUGGAAAGUUACCGGUUAGGAGAUGUAACCUUGAAGACUGGGGAAGAGAUAUAAGUUGGAGUGAGCCUCCCUUCUGGGUCACACUCUGCAGUAACCUGUGUUUCUGUAUGACUGUCUGAACUUCUUUGCAAAGAAUAAAUUUAUAAAAGACA